GCGAGAGAAGGCGGGGAGGGCCGGCACGCUGCGGGAGUGACCAAGAUGGCAGCCAACGGGCAGCUGCUCACCUGGGAUAUUCCACCAAAAAAUGGCAGCGAAGUAUUUUUCUCACGAGACAUUUAUGAAAAAUAUUCAUUGGCUCCAACCCUCUCUGAACUAUGGAUGUUGUCAAACAGACGUACAGAAAAAAAUGUAGACCUAUCACCAAACCAUGAAGAAGACAAGCAAACGUGUAACACACAGACUGAAGACAACAAGGAAAUGCGUAACACACAGGCUGCAGUUCCAGCAGAGGUGGAAAUCAAACCCACACCUAAUGACGAUCUUUUUCCAGAACCUAGAAUUCCGUAUCCUUAUGUCUCUUGUCUAACUGAAGAUGAGCAGAAAAUAUAUUUAUAUCUGCUGACUAAAUAUGCGAGAAAACCUGCUUCCCACCAAGUGAAUGCUGCAAAUCGGAGAGAAUAUCUACAGUAUUUGGAAAUGAAAGAAUUGGUCAACAGCGAAGUUGCAGAAUUUUUGAAGUUUGCACAGAAUGCUGCAAAGAGUUGUGCUCAGGAUUAUGAUACCCUCUCUGAGGAUGCAGUUCUUUAUGUUGAGCAACUAUUGAGUGCACGUAUUGGACACGUGAAGAAGUACCCUGAGUUUUACAUGCUCCAAGAGAUCACCAGUAUCAUGGGAGGCAAAUUUAACACAGAGCUGAGCUUUAAAUUGGAAAAAUGUCUUCUUGUAUUGGGAAAGGCUAAAUUUGCUAAAGUACGAUUUCCUGUCAUGCCUGCACAGCUACAGAAAGAUUAUAAAACUGUAGCAUCUCUCCUGACUCCAGAACAGAGAGCUUCAGUGAUGCAUAAUGAUAUUAGUUCAGAUCCUAAUGCAGAAAAACUUGCUUUGAAAUAUCAUCCUCAAGUAGUUUUAAGUAGUCGAUCAUUGUUUACUUUGCUGAAUAAUCAUGGACUGAACUACAAGGAACAGUGGGAAAUUCCAGUUUCUGUUCAAAUGAUUCCUGUUGAAGGUGGCAAACCAGUCAAAGUGGUUUAUGUUGACUCGCCUCUUCCAAAAAAAGAGAUGACAGUGAGAGAGAAGAACCAAAUGUUUCAUGAAAUUACUCUGGACUUUCUGGUGUCCAAAAAAUCAUACGCUCCAAUGUCCAUGGUGUUGAUGGAUAAGCCGGUUGAGGAAAACAUGUUUCAGUGGAAUAUGUCUUCUGAUACUUGUGAGGUUAGAAACAUUCAAAUUUCGAACCAAAUUGAUCUGGACUUUGACAAUGAUUUUACAGAACUGGAAACUUUUGGAGCAACAUCUAAGCCCUUGAAGACAUCCAAAGCAGAAAAUAUUCAUAGUAAAUCUGUUGAUCCAGGAAAAAUUCUGUCAGAAAAGCUGAAAAUAGAGAAGCAGUUGGUAAGCAAGGUUGCUGAAGUGGGAAGAAGCAAAAUUUAUGAGCAGGAAUUUUCAGAAAGUGGCAAUUUACAGAAUCCUAAUGAGGCACAGCUUCCAGCAUGUGACACCACCUGCUCAGAUUCUGAAAACAGUACCUUAUAUAAAGGCUUAGAUUUGGAUAAAAUUGAGUUGCAUAAUGAGCAACAUGGUGUAACCACAGAAGUAGUAGUGGACAGUGAUACAAAAUUAAAUUCCUUGGCUAAACCUGAUACUUUCAAGAGAGAACUGGAAUUUGCAGAAACAAAUGAAACUCUCGUUUCUUGUGGUAGUGACUCAGAUGAAGAACGUUUGAUUAUUGAUGUGGGAAGUAAAAAUCUUGAUUAUUGCAAAGCAGCUGUGCUCUGUUCUAAUACAAAUCCUGUAGCAGAUAGGCCCAAAUCAUCUUCUCCCAUGGAGCCUCCACCAACAAGCACUGCUAAUUCUUCAGAGUCCCUGGAUCUGGGGAAAAACACCCCCAAGAAACCUUCAAAAAAGCUGUCUAAAGAAUUUGAUCCCGUUGGACAGAUUUUAAAAAUGCAAACUGAACUUCUCAAGCCGCCUUCUCCAAAAGCUCAGGAGCAGCUGCCAGUCGGCAUUGAUAAAAGUUCUAAUCCUACAGCAAACCACAUACCACCACCUUUGAAACCAUUUGUAUUCUCCAGCAUGGAGUCUGAGCAGAGCACUACUGCAAAUGCAGGCAGCUUGCCUAAGCUUACGUGGACUUCACAUUUUCAGGGAGCUUGGAAGGGAAUGCUUCCAGCUGAACUUCAGAUGCUUGCUGAAGACCCUUCAGAGUACACAGCUCCUGAGGAUGGGAAUCUUGUAUAUAAAUUAUUCAGCUUAGAUGACCUACUGUUACUUGUGCGUUGCAGUGUACAGAAUGCAGAGAUUUGGCCACGGUCCCAUAAAAAUCAGCGCAUCAAAAAGCGUAUUCCUGUUCACAUAUUGCCAAAACUAGAAUAUCAACCCUAUUUGGGGCUGGAAGCUCUCACAGAAAGUGAAAUAUGUCGGAUGUGGACAGAGAACCUGUUGCAUUCUAAAUGUUCUUUUUAUGUAGGGCAUAUUGAUGCCUUUACAUCAAAACUUAUUACGCUGGGUGAGAUUUCUCCACAACAUUUAAAAGAAAAGUUGGCAUCAUUUAAGCCUGGAAAUUCAUUAAAUAUUCUUCGAAAUAUCUUGAAGAAAGUAACUGAUUUUCAGGAGGGCUCAUAUUUGUUGACUCAUGCUGCAGGAGAUUCAUCAGUUGCAAUCUACAAGAGCUCCCUUGGGAAAGUGACCAGAGCAUCAUAUAAUUUACAUAAAGCUCACAGCAAUCUGCCUAGUGUUCCAGCAACCCUUUCAGUCCCAUGGGUACCAUUAGACCCCACCCUUCCUUUACCCUAUCACAUGUAUCAUGGAAGAGUCCCAUGUAUGUUUCCACCUAGACCCCAAGAAACCAUGAGGAAACAGAAGAUGUAUGGGGUAAAAGCACAUGCAAACCCAGCCAACCGGAGAAAAUCAGUAUCCAUGGAAACAAGAAUCAAUCCCAUGCUAGCUAAGCCUGUUAGAAGUGAAGGUGUCGCUGCAAAAAAACUGAGGACAAACAACUGCAAACAGGCAAAUACAAUGAAAAAGUGAAAAAUGAAAUAAAACAUGAACUCUAGCAAAGCAGAAAUAUCUUCACUAAACUGAGAAAAUGUGGAGAAAGACAAGACAAAAAAUGCUUAUGUUGUUGCUUCAGAGAAACCAGAAGAGGCUGGUAGAGAGCAAGCUGCUCUGCCAUGUUGAAGAAAACUGCAAAAUGCUACAAACUAUUCAGGCCUCCAAAGUAUCCAGGGCCUGAAUUUAACAAAGAGGUUUUUGUUCAGACUGUUUUAUUUGUGUUAUUUGUUGCAUCUUUAUGUUCAGAAUUGCUUUUCUAUUGAUGAGUGUUACACAGAAUAUAUUUUGAUAUCCUGAAAAGAUUAAUAAAUAUUUGUUUAGUGAGUGAUACAUUUUUAUGCCUGUACCUUAAAAAUAUACAAAAGGCACAGAUUUUUAAGCAUAGCUAAAUGUGCAUGUUCAUUAAGCUAUUCUUCUCUGUUUAAAUACAAUACCUUUUCUAAUUUACCACUGUUAUAUUUAUUUAUAGCUUUAUUUACUUUCAGUUAACAUCCCAGACACUGUUCUAGUGUUUCUUGUAGAUGCAAUGAUAGACUAACAAAAAGCAAGGUUUACUUAAAGCUGUUUCUAAAUUACAGGUAUUAGAUUCCAGUUAAUUUUGUGAACUCCCAGAGUGGAAAUAUUUUAGUUAUAAGGCAUGUGAUGGUUAAGUGAGGGUGGGGAUCUGAAGCACAGUUUUCAGCAAAAAAAAAUAGUACCUCAACAGCCAAGGAAUUUGAUCUUUGGACACAGUUUAACUUGAUAUAGAUUCAGGCUGAGUUUGCCCUGCGUAUCUGAAAGUCUUAACCUUUCAAAAUCUUGUAACAGUAUUCAUGAUACCUUCAGUUACAAUUAGAAAGGAGAAGACUCUAAAAGAAAAAUAAAUAACCCAUGUUAUGAUUUGUA